AUGAAGAAGAAAGGUGGAACGACCAAAGCAAAGGACAAGGACAAGGCCAAGACGACCUCGACGCCAAAGGCCGAUGCGACAUCUGUCAUUCCAAAAACCGGCGACAAGAGACAAUUGCCAUUAGACUUUAGUCGCCAUGUCGUCGUGGCCAAAAAGACUUCUCCUUCGUCUGAGGACGCCACCAAAACAGGCGAGGAUUUGGAUCAGUGGAGACCACCCCCUUUGUCUGAGCUGGACCCACCUGUUAUCCGAGUCAACCUGACUUCUUCAGUACAUAGUGUCUCAAGCACUGGAACCAGUAACAGAUUCUCGACAGAGACACUGAGCAAGGAGGAAGGGGACCCUGGAGAGGGUACUACCGGUGUGCUUGGCGAAGAGGAUCAAGACCUUCCUGGCUAUUUGGACGAGGGCGACGAUGACGAUGCAUUGGUUCGGUCGAGCUCUGGACGGCGCCUCUGUGAUGCUGGCGAAGACGACAUUAAUGGCGAUUUUGAGGCUGCAGGGGAGGAGGGGGAGGUCGACGAGGCGGUAGUGAAAAAGGAGGAGACGCCGCUCGAUCCCAGUGGACAGAUACGAAUCAAGACCGAGCCGGACGACCUAGAUCAAAAGGAGCUCGACAUGCUUCUGCCUCCAAGGUUCCGCUGGAAGACUGUCUAUGUGGCAGCAUUUGAACUGGCACUUGAUACGGUCCUACCUGACGAGGCAUUUCUUUUCACGGACGAGGAGCACACCUUGUUUGAGACGUACAGAGCUCUUCCAGACGACCCGAAGCAUCUAUUUGUUCGCCUCUUUCUACGCAACCAAAAGUAUUGGUUUCGCCAGUCCAAGCUUGAAGGACACUAUCGGGAGAUUGACGAUCUGGAGUUUUCGAUACGGCAAUUAAUCACAACUGGGUUAUUGAUGGAUCAGGAGUCGGUGACGGUACCUGCGGAGGUGCUUGGGAUCUUGGCCAUGGAUGAGCUCAAGAUUCUGUCUCGUCGUGUCGGCAUCAAAGAAAAGCUAUCAGGGAAGCCGAGAAGCGCACUUGUAUCGACUAUUCUGGACCACUUUCGACAGCAGUCGUUCAUUUCAAAGAGGCUACUUUUGGCGCCAGGGGGAACGAAUGAUGGCGACGGCGAAGCUCGUUUAACAGGACUGACCACACAUACUUUCUCAGGCGACGCCACCAAGCGGGAUCGUGCGCUCAUUGACAAGGUGAUUGAUAUCUCUGGCCCUUGUGUCAAAAUAUACCCCAACAUCAUCAAGGUGUUUGAACGACUGCACUUGGUUUUCUAUCGCGCCAGAGAGUACAACGAGAAACCCGCACUGUUGGAAGCGAUCCUUGCCAAGAUCGGACAGCGUACUUUCCCGACCUACGAGAUCACACGGACCAGCACUGUGUUCAAGGACAGGGACGAGCUGUUGAAGUACGAGACCGCCAUUCGGCUACACUUUGAGCUGUCGAAGCUGACCGAGUCUGCCAUGGGGCCGGGGCGGGACGCCACUGUCUAUGUGCGAGAGGGUGACCGCGAUAGUGAGAAUCAAGGGAAGAAUGGCCCUCGACGCGCCAAUAGCGCCAAGGUGCCCCAGAAGAGCUCAAGCAACGGCUCCGCGGACAGUCGGUCAGGGGAUGGGGAAUUGGACCCGGAGCAGGAGCGGAGGCGGUUAGAAGUGAUUGGGAUCUACGAGAAAGUGAUUGAGGAGGCCGAGAACAUCAGGGAGGCGUGGAGGCACUAUGUCGCGACUGAGACGAGGCUUUCCACAGAGAACCCGAACUACUUUAUGCUGAGAUUCUCGCCAGGUUGGGUGUACACUCAGAUCUUACGACUUGAGCUGCGGGCGUUUGCGUUUUUGAAGCGGUUUGAGGAAGAGUCGAUCUUACUUCAUGAGCUCCUUGACCAGCACGUUUACUCACUCGGUCAACGAGGCGGCUGGUAUGAACGACUGGCCUUGAUCAAGUCCAACUACUCGUUCCACAAGCGACUGGGCAAGCAGGAGGCACUGCAAAUAUGCAUGAUGGCACUCAGGGACAAGCAUGUGCACGCAGUGGAUGCAACGUUGAUCCAGGCUCGGAUAGGCCGUCUGGAAUCCGAACUUAAAGUUGCGUUUCGAGAGCGACACGACUUUUCAUAUCUGACCCUCCGGAAAGCUCAAAAGCGGAUAUUGACUGGCGAGCGACUGAAUGCCCCAGGGAUGGCUGCGCCUUCCUACACGUCUUCUCACUCGUACUCGUUUGUGCCCAACUCUAUGGGCUCAUCUCGCCCCAUCGCGAACCAACGACCUCUCUGGCGGAAUAUUGAUGGCUCGGACUGCAACGUCGAGGAGUUGGCGCUAAGCUACUAUGGGACGUUGGGCUACAAAGGAUAUCACUCUGAGAACAGUCUGCUGGCCACACUGUUUGGGCUUUUGUUCUGGGAUAUCCUGUUCUCGCCGCAACCAGGGGUGUUUGAGACUCUUUACCAGACUGAGCCGCUGGAUCUUAGGACAGAUGCCUUCUUCCUUCAGAGGCAGGAUAUGAUUCUCGAUCGGAUCGCUAGGAUUGCGGGUCCGACCAUUAUUGAGAAGGACCAGUCAACAGUAUCAGAACCGCCACUACCACCAACAUUACUACAACAGCCCGCCAUAACGCGGAGUAGAGUCAAGUCGGAGGAGCUAGAAGAAGAUGAUGAUGAGGACGAUGAGGAGGAAGAGCCACUAUUCAGUCGCCGGCGGAAACCAAAGCCAAUACUCCAGGAAGUUAACGAAGAGUUGCUGGGAAACAUGUUGUUUGAAGAUGAGCUCUUGCAGGAACAGAAAGAGGACGAGAACUCUGAGGAGCGACGGGCAGAGCGAAUGUACAAAGAGUUUUUGGCACGGAAGCGGAAAGAGAGUUAUUACCUGGACUUGAUUCAGACGCACGAUGAUCUCUACCGCGACAAGAAGGUCUAUUGUGUCGGUGUCAAUUGGACGUUUACCAAGGAGGAGCUUCUCGAGGUGGCAGAGAAACUCGUCAAGUUUGUCGAAGUCAAGGGUCCAGGGGACAGGCUUUCGUCGAAGCAGCAAGUCUGGAUUGACCUGUUGACAUCAUUACAUGUCGAUAUUGAACUGUGCAUUGUUCAGGUCUCCAAGGCCGAGGAUGCGUUCCUUGAAGAGCGCAAGAAUGUUAAUUAA